AUGAUCUCGCAUGCGGGAUGGGCUAAACGUUGCUAACCACUUGAGCUGCAUGUCCUUUACAACUAAGCCCAAUCUCAUGUGAACUGACCGUCAGGUGAAAGAAAUCUGAAACUAAAGAAGCCAUCGACAAAACUAGUUUUAUUUCCAAACAUUAAUACCAGUGAAAUAAAGCAGAAGAUAUUCAUCUAAUAUUUCUGACAUGAAACAUAUGGAGCUACAAAAUUUGCUAGGAGGCAAAUGACUAACAACCGUUGAUUUAACCGAAAACUUGUUUAUGUUUUCACUCAUGGACAAAUCCCAACUGUUGAUCACCAUCGCAAUUAUCAUUUUACAAUCACAUUUCUCAUACUGGAAUUAUAACAUUACAUCCAAAGAAAAAAGCCAAAACAUAAUAAACGUGAAGAACCAAAAUACUCAUCCGACUUUAAAGCUCGAAAUCUACGUUCCAAUUCUGUGUCCUAUCGACCCUCCUUCCCAUUACAUCCCAUGUCCUCCAUUGCUAUCACCUCCAAUCCCACCCUGUGAUCAAAUCUCUCUCUCUCUCUCUCUCUCUCUCUCUCUCUCUCUCAACAACAUCCAUGAACUCAACCCUUUGCUUCCUCCAACAUACAAGGAAACCAAAAAAUUUAAGCUUGUGAACGAAAAAAACCCGAAAAGAAAAAUGUCAGACAGGUUUUUCACGGUCGGAUUAAUAACAGCCUGGUACUCAUCGAACAUCGGAGUCUUGUUGUUGAACAAGUUUUUGCUGAGCAAUUACGGGUUCAAGUACCCGAUCUUCUUGACCCUUUGCCACAUGCUGGCUUGCUCUCUCCUGAGCUACGUAGCCAUUUCAUGGAUCAAGGUGGUGCCCAUGCAGAGCAUCAAGUCACGUGUCCAGUUCCUCAAGAUAUCGUCCCUCGGUUUCAUCUUCUGUUUGUCCGUCGUUGGCGGGAACAUCUCGCUCCGGUAUCUGGCCGUGUCGUUUAACCAGGCUGUUGGCGCCACGACGCCGUUUUUCACCGCGGUGUUUGCGUAUCUUAUGACCCUCAAGAAAGAGGGCUGGCUCACCUAUGUUACUCUCAUACCGGUUGUCACCGGUGUUGUUAUUGCCAGUGGGGGAGAACCAAGUUUUCAUGUCUUCGGAUUCAUAAUGUGUGUUGGUGCUACAGCAGCAAGGGCACUCAAGUCAGUGCUCCAAGGGAUAUUGCUGUCUUCUGAAGGGGAAAAGCUUAAUUCUAUGAACCUCCUCAUGUACAUGGGUCCUGUAGCUGUUGCAUUCCUUCUACCUGCAGCACUUUAUAUGGAAGAGGAUGUGGUUGGGAUCACAAUUGCACUUGCAAGAGAUGAUGUGUCCAUCGUAUGGUAUCUAGUAUUCAAUUCUGCUCUCGCAUAUUUUGUCAAUUUGACCAAUUUCUUGGUAACAAAACACACCAGUGCCUUGACCCUCCAGGUGUUGGGAAAUGCAAAAGGAGCUGUUGCUGUGGUGGUGUCAAUUUUGAUAUUUAGAAAUCCUGUAUCAGUGACUGGGAUGCUCGGUUAUUCUCUCACAGUAACAGGAGUCAUUCUCUACAGCGAAGCCAAGAAACGAAAUAGAUAAGAUUAACCCAGAGUUUUUAAUGGGUUCAUGCAGCAUAUUUUUUGAGUUGCACCCUCCCAAAAUAUUUUGAUGCAAAAGAGAGGAAGAGGGAUUGUCUGCCCAAUCAGAAAGGACAUGUUUUUGUUGCUUUGCCAGCUUGAUCCCUGAUGUGCUAGCUCAAUUUUAUUGCUGUUCAUUCUAGGGUUGUUAACAGAGGAAUUUGAAUCAUGUACUUUUAAGCCUUAGCAGGAUUUGGUGUUCUAAUUCUGUGUAUCAUUCUUCAAUUUUGACAA